CCCGCGCUUGUUUUCUUCCGCGCAGUUUCAAAAAUGACGAACCAGAGUGAUGGAGAAUCUUCGAUUGGUUACUUACCUGAUAUUCCAAUUUGUGAUCUAUCAUUUAAUGAUAGUUGGACUCCUAUGAAUCGGAUUUUCUUUAGUCAGUGUAUAAAUGAAGAAGCUGAAAGAACUUUCUGUCCUCAACAAAAGAAGUGGAGAAGAAAAAGAAGCCCAUUUAAAAAUGAAAAAAUGAAUAGAAAAUAUAUCAUUUAUAAAUAUGUGUCUUCUGGAUCUGAAGUAUCUACAUCUGAUGAAUUUAGUUCAGCUGAUGAACAUGAGGGGAGAGUAAAGAAAAGGAGAUUGUCUGAUAAAUGCAGGUCCAAUUCAGAGUCUGAAACUUAUAUAUCUGAUGAAUAUGAUACAGCAGAUGAGAAAGAAGUUAAUCUACAUUCUAAACUAACAGCUGUCCAGUCGAGAAAACAUACUAAUAAAAAUAAAUCAUUUGAUAAAUGUACACCUACUGAUGAUUAUGAUUCAUCUAGUGAUUGUGACUCAUCUGUUUCCUCUGGUGAUUCUGAGAAUAAUAUGCGUCCUAAUCUCUCUGUUCUCAAAAGCACGAAAUAUACAAAUUAUAAAAGUGUAUCAUAUGAUGAAUGGAAAAUGAGUUCAUCUGGUGACUAUAGUGUAUCUAUUUCAUCUAGUGACUGUGAAAAUAAUCAACUCAGUGAAUACGAAAAAAUGGUACAGAAAAAUAGAGAUGAAAAAAUGGCUUUUUUGAAAUCUCUCAAAGUAUUUGAAGCAGUGGACAAUUUAAAAGAGGCUGUGAAGACCGAAACAAAAGGAAAAGGAAGAAGUAAUCAAAGUUGUAUGCGUGAAAUUCAUGAAACAGGAAAGACCAAGGCAGUUAAAAAAAUUGAAAAGGCACAACGUAUUAGUCUCCGCCAGAAAAGUUUGUUGAAGAAAAAACAGGAAACAUUUGCAUCAACUCAGUCUUCAAAUACAAAUAAUGCACAACGUAUUAGUCUCCGCCAGAAAAGUGGGUUGAAGGAAAAACAGGAAACGUUUGCAUCUUCUCAGUCUUCAAAUACAAUUAAUGCACAACGUAUUAGUCGCCACCAGAAACGUUUGUUGCAGAAACAGGAAUUGCCUUCUGUUUUGUCAUUUGAAGAAGCACUUUUAGAAGGCCAUACAUAUCAUGAUUUUAUUUCUGAAAUUAGGGAGUCAGAAUUCAGAAUCCAACAUCUUCAAAAUGACUAUGUAUCUCAUUUUGAUAAAAUGAGCCUUCAAAAAUCCCAAACAUUGAAGCAUAAUUAUGGUAGAUCUUCUUCAAUGGCUUUUCAUGAGUCACAAGAAAAGAUCAUCUUAUGCAUAGGAGUUUUAAGUGGUGAAAUCAUUUUUCGACAACUGAAUAUGGAUUCUAAUGUUUGUAUAUUCCAACCUCAUCGUCAAAGGGUCAGCAAUCUAAAGUUCAGCCCUUAUUUUCCUAAUGUUUUAAUUUCUUCAAGUAUUGAUGGCACAAUGCGUUAUGGAGAUUUUGAGAAAAAGGUCUUUUAUCAGGUUUUUGAAGCUGAAAGUGUUAACCAUUUUGAUAUUUUGUCUGCGACUUCAUGUCUUGUAUCUAAUGGAAUUAAAUAUGUUUCUGUUAUUGAUAUCCGUUCACCCAGUAAAACAUUUGAGAAAAGACAUGAAUGUUGUGAAGAUGUAAAAACAGUCAGUUUGCACCCUGUUAACAAGAAUUAUUUCUUAUCAAGUCAUAAAAAAGGCAUUGUCAAAUUGUGGGAUUUACGAAAACUACAGAAGAAUCCUGUGACUGAUUUUAACUGCAAAGGAGGAAAUAUGAUGUCUUCUUACUUUUCUCCAAUUUCAGGAAAUUCUAUUCUUGUGACUUUGUCUAGUACUAUAAGCCUUCUUAACAGUUCAUCAUUAAAUGAGGAAUUUACAUUGAAGAAAUCAAUAGAGCAUGAAAAUGGAGGAGUUGUUGGAAGGGCUCCUCUCAAAGCUACAUGGGUGCCAAAUACAGAUAAUGUAUUUGUUGUUGGAAGUAAUUCAAGUCCCAGAAGAAUAGAAAUUUUUGAUGAUAAACUUUGCAAUUUUUUUAAUUUCACAAGUGAAUGCCUUGAAGGUAUUCCAACUGUUAAUGUAUUCCAUUCAUCUGUACCAAUUUUAGCUAGUGCCACUAAAGGAAACAUUUUUAUUUUUUCAGAAAUUGAAUAGAUUUUGCAUGCAAAAUUUUAAAUUGUGUUGUGUGUGUAUGGCAUACACCUCAAUAAUUUUAUUUUAUUGCUUUUUUAUACGAAUCUUAAUAAUGUUGUCUUUUAUAGUGAAAUAUAUUGCUAGUGAAUUAGAAAUUAAGAAUUAAAAAAAAAGGAAAUUAAUGUAUUUUCUGUUAUGCAAUUUUAUUAUUGUAAUAAAAUUUAUGGUCCUUGAAUAAGAAAAUUACCAGAUAAAUUACAUAUUUUAAUGUACUACUUAUUUAUUGAUUUUGAUU